CUGGCUAUAUUGGGGAUCUAAGCAGAGGAAGAUCGCCAACCUUAGAGAAAAAUUAUUUCAGCAAAAUGGUGGUAUCAUGUUACAAGAACUUUCCAAACAUGAAGGAUCAGUCCAGUCAGCAAAAAUCUUUACUGAAGAGGAUCUAAAGAAGGCAACAAACAACUUCAAUGAAAAUAAUGUCCUGGGAAAAGGAGGCCAAGGAAUAGUCUACAAAGGAGUAUUACCAGAUAACACCAUAGUUGCCAUUAAGAAGCCCAGAGUAGCUGAUCAGAGUCAGUCCCAGAUUGAGCAAUUCAUUAAUGAAGUCAUAAUUCUCUCCCAAGUCAACCAUAGAAAUGUUGUGAAGCUCCUAGGGUGUUGCUUGGAGACAAAAGUUCCUUUCCUUGUCUAUGAAUUUAUUACCAAUGGGACUCUCUAUGACCACAUACACACUGCAUGCCAAAGAGCAUCCUCAAUCACAUGGGAGAAUCGCCUAAGAAUAGCAGCGGAAACUGCAACAGCCCUUUCAUAUUUACAUUCUGCCGCUAGUACUCCUAUCAUUCAUAGAGAUGUUAAGACUGCCAACAUACUCUUAGAUGACAAUUACGUUGCUAAAGUGUCAGAUUUUGGCUCUUCAAGGUUGACCCCUGUUGACCAAAUUCAGUUAGCGACACUUGUUCAAGGGACACACGGUUACUUGGACCCAGAAAGCUUGCAAACAAGCCAAUUGACUGAAAAGAGUGAUGUUUACAGCUUUGGGGUUGUCCUUGUGGAAUUACUAACGGGCAAGGAGGCAAUUUCUUUCGAUAGGUGUGCAGCAGAGAGAAAUUUAGCGAUGUAUUUUAUUUUAGCCAUGAAAGAAGACCGCUUGUUUGAAAUUGUGGAUGAACAGGUGAAGAAUGAAGCAAAAGCUGACCAGCUAAAGGAAUUUGCUAUUUUAGCAAAGGGAUGCUUACGAGUGAAAGGAGAGGACAGGCCAACCAUGAAGGAUGUAGCAAUGGAGCUGGAGGGAUUGAAAAUGACGGAGAAACAUCCAUGGGUAAACGACAACAAAGGUUCAGAAGAGAGCCAAUACUUGCUUGAAGAUCUACUUUCAGAUGCUUAUGAUGGUGAAACUAGUACGAGGAAUUCAACAAUUUAUGAUAGCAUCACAAACCCCAACAUUUCACUAUGUAAUGGUGGACGAUAAGGUGUUUCUGGUGGCAGUCUACGUUCAUUAGAUGUUGUUUUGUAAUGUUUUCAUUUUAGAUUUGUCAAACAAUCCCUGUGAGUUGUUUUGGACUUUUGAUUAUAUAUGUUAUUGAGGUUCAAUUU